GUCGCCGUCUCAUGGAAUCAUCGGUCUGCUGCGGGGUCGUGAUCUUAAAGCUAUCAGAACAAAAACCAACCAUAGGAGAAGAGGCCUACCUUUAGGGCUUCAAGCGACUUCGAAAGAAGAGAAGACAUGUUCAGGAUAGAGAGGCAAGAACGAGUACUAGCUCUUGGAAGAGUUAUUCUAUGUGGGACAGACAAGACCUUCGCAAGUCUGCGUUAUUUAACGCUAAUCCAAUUGAUUUUUUGGGACAGUGGGGACUCUUCGCAUAUGUAUGGUGUCCACCGAAACAUGAUCGAAUCCAUCCAGUUAGAUGCGAGUAUCACUGGACAAUGCGCCAACCACAGAUCCACUGUGACAGUUGUCAACUUUCAAGCAUACCGAAUGGCCGCGCAGCACGAUAUAAAGCUCGAGGUUUGAUCCCAUUGAUGAGGAAAGGAAAGUUAAGCCCUCCAUUCACAAUCAAUUGCCAAGCAAUGCCGUAUGCCUUUCCAGGGAACUAUGCUUCACGCACUCCAGAUGCUGCGUCAUACCGAGCUACUAAUCCAGCACCUCUGCGAACUCCAGAUGCCGUAUCUUACCGCGCUGCCAACCUGGCACCUCCGCGCAUUCCAGGUACUGCAUCUUACCGCGCUGGUGAUCGUGGGCCUUUGCACCCACGUGCUCCAUUCCUAGUAGCCCCGCCAUCAAAUGAGUCCAAUCACCCCCCACCAUUCCGUCGCCCUUCAUUCUCCUCGAUUACCCAACCCAUGCUCCACUCCCCUAGUGCUCACAAAUCCAGGGCAGUUUCGUCUACAGCGCGAGCGCAGCAUCCGUCCCCCAGUGCUGCACCAGCACCUUUCCUACCUCUACCUCCUCGUGUCGGUGGGUCUGGUAUGGCAUCAUCCUCUGGCAGACACCGGGUCGUCUCUUCUGGACCAUCUGUGAGACCGUCUGUGCCUAGUACUGAUUUGGCCCCUUCAUUUCCACCCGUGAUCGGACAUCAUAACGAUACCCUGUUUGCAAAUAGUAGCCAACGUGCUAGGAAGAAAACACUCCAGCACCCCACCGUUCAUCAACGGACCCUCCAGCAGCCCUCCCACCACUCAGUUAUACAGCAGCACCCGAUGUUGAAGGACUUCGCAUUAAUCGCUGCCGUGACAGCAGCUCGGUGUGAUCGUAACAACAACGAGUUCCCGUGGUACCUGGUAUGGAAUAUCGCAAUUAAGGACUGGAUGUUUUCCAAUUCGAAUACGGCUACAGUCGCAUGCAACAUCGCACCGCAAUACGUCCUAUCGCACCAGUACAAUCUCGAGGCGCUGUCCCCUGGGACAGCGGCAAAAUCGAAGAAAACGCGGGUUAUCCCCGAUUUUGCCCAGGUCUUGCAGCAUGUAACCACUUCAAAGAACGGUACCCCCAUCCUAGGUCGUCAGAAGGUCAUUCUGAUGGUGGAGAACAAGCCAAAAUUGUCAAGACAAAAAAUUCGUGGUGGGGUGUCCCCUUUCCCAAGCAUCAAGAAGCAGAUCUCCCAGCAAGCGGCCUUUGCCUUUGUGGGAGACUCCAGCCUUCACAAGAUUGGCAUGGUCGUCGCAUUUGGGGACCGUUGGAGAUAUGUCGAGUUCGCUCGCCCACGCAAUACUGUCCUGAAGGCAUGGACGGAAGCUGAGGACCAGAUGUAUGGUGUAACGAAGACACUAUUACCAGAGGAAGUUCCAGAAGAAUUGCGAAAGUUGAGCGUCGUGAAAGAUUACUCUUUUGAGUUGCUAGACCACAUGGGACUGUCAGCACAGGCUUUCGAGAUCAUAGCACAGCGAAUUAAGAGCCGGGAGAGUGAAAUGUGGAAUCUGUAAUCUCUAGAAAUCUUGUACGAGAUAUUUGAGGAUACCGUUUGUUCGUUCAUACUUAAAUAAUCAGCAUCACAUAUACCAGUUU